AUGAGAGGUUUCCAUGAUCAAAUCCAGGAGCAGAAGGGAGAAGUGAGGCUCACAAAUGGUCCAUCCGGGCUUUUCCGUGGAGCCCGUUUCUGCCCCCCCCCCCCCCCCCCGAGGAAUCUCACUGCGCACGCGCCGGUCGGCCGGCCGCACCCACGCGGCUCAGCUAGCAAAGUUGCAGACAGCCGGCGAACCGCUCAAUGCGCUUCUUCCGCCCGCCGCAGAGAAAGGGAAAGAGAACUCCGCAGGGGCUCCGUUGGCUUCUCGACGAGUGACAAAGAUGCUUUCCCAGAUAGAAGACCGGAGCCCUGCUCCUUUGCGAUCCGCCAAGGGCUGCAGAGAGCAUCCUCAUCCUUUUGGGCACCUGUGUCCAGGAAGAGCCCGGCCAUCCCUUUCCAGACUGGAUCCUUCAGAGGUGAAUUUUCUUCGGUGGAUUCCGAUUUGCUCCGUCUGACCAGCCUAGGCAAUCCAGCAUCGCGUGGUACCAGUGCCCCCGGGCACACUUGCUUCACGCCGGCGCCGGCUCCGCCUCGCCAGCAAGCGCAUUCCCAGGUGGUCAGGCUCAGGAUGGACCAUGAGCUUUCAAAAAGGAAAAAGGUGAAAAUCCUCAACUAUGCUGCCAUCUGAAUAAGUGUUUCUUUGUAGCAUGCACAGAGUCAAGGAAAAUUACAUCCCUGCAUUAUGUAAUGUACCAACAACGCACUUACCCACUGUUUUAAUCUAGGUUAUUCUUGAAAGCAGAGCCUGAGACAAAGGUAGACACGUUCUAUUUACGAGUCUAACACCCAGGAGCAGGAAUGAGAGGCAGGGGAGUGAGCAUGGGAAAAGGGAAAGUAAGUCCAAGCAAAACCAGAUACUGCUGUUAUCAAGUGGUUCACCCCUAUUAAUGGCUACAUAAUGCAGAACUUUCUUAGGAUUCUUCUUAAACUUUAUCUCAGAACUGUCUACCUUAGGGAGAAUGGAGAAGUAUUUCUCCAUCAGCGGUCACCUCCUGUUUGUUGAGGGCUGCUCCUUUGGGGCGUUAACUCACCGCCCCCACCACCCCAUCCCUCUGGGCUGCAAAGAGCUGAGAGCCCACAUGGUACCUCAGCAUCGCACAUUGCUACAUCAGAGAGGUCUUAAGACAGGAAACUAGAGUCUUGGUGCAUGCUCGAAGUGAGACAGUGUCAGCACAGAAAAGUGUAAUAUCUUCCAUAACUGUUCAACAGAGCCAUGACUGGACUCAGAGGUUGAAAAGAUACGGGACCGUACACAAGAAGCAUCUUGUAAGCCUACAUAACAUACUAUUAGACUCAUCGAAAUCUGUUUCAUUCCUUCUUUAUAAUCAAAACUUCAGUGUCCAGAAUAAGGUUGGCAGAGGGUUAUAUAGGAAAGUUAAAUGCAUUAGAAGGUGUAUAUUUAUAAGUUUUAACCUUGAGUCAUGUUCAAGGAGAAAGUGACAUUGGAACUCGGAAAAUUAAAAAAUGAUUCUACUUGAAAAAUUUGACCAUUGCAUAGAGAUAUUAGCUAUUGUCUAAUCUUUUGUAAUCUCAGAAACAAUCGUGAAUUGUUUGGUGAAAAAUGAAAAAAUAAAAUUAACCAUUUCAUAUGUCUCCGUGAGCUUUAUAGACCAAUGUCACUAACUUUUCUUAAGAUAAUUGUUUCCUACUGUCAAAUAGCUCUAGUGAUAUGCAUCUUACAAUCAAUGAAGGGAAAACUGAUAGAAACAUAGGAAGAAAAAUACUGGGGUAAUUUUCAUCGUAUAAAGUAUUAACAUUAACAUUGGUUAGAAUAGAGGAGAAACUGCAUGACUUGAGUGGACAUUCCUGUAUGUUGUAUGAGGCCCUAUCUUAACAGAAAUAGUGACAUCAUCAUCAUCCUCUCUUAUUUGGUCUUGAAUUGCCACCAAUAGGAUAAAACCUUUGAAUUAUUUAACUCAAUAUAUGUUAAGUUUCUACUAUGUGCUAUAUAUUGGUACUGUAAAUAUGAAUAAGACAUAAAAUAUUACAUUAAAAAACAUCAGAAUAUAUGUUCUUUUAAGGUGUACCCCAAAACAUUUACCACAUGUUCUGGGGUGCAUGUUAGGCUGUAUCACAAAUCAAGUCUUAAGAAAUUUCAAAAGAUUGAAAUCAUAUAGAGUAUAAAUUAAACCAGAAAUCAAGUACAUAAAGGUAACAAAAAAUUUCCUAAAUGCAUUAAUUUAAGGAACAUACAUCUCAUGACCCAGGAGUCACAAAAUAAAUCAAAGCAAAAUUGCGAAAACAUUUUGAAAUGAAUUUUAAUGAAAAUACAGCGUAUUAAAGCUCUGAGUACUUAUGUUAGAAAUUUUACAGAAAGGUUGGCUAUCAGUGUUUCCAGAAGCCGGGGGAAAAGUUUAGACAACUUGAUGGCUGAGGAAGGCAAACAGAGUGAGACCUCUGAUCACCCUGCCUUUCCAAGGUGAGCACUCUGGAUCCCGUCGUAGGAGACCAGAGUCUUGCUGAGUUGAGGAGAGGAAGAUUGGAGUUGAGACUGAGAUAGUUUGAAUUUUUAGGACAAAGUAUCAACAAGAAAGAAGAUAGACAAAAAAAAUCCAGAAAUCUAUGUAGAGGCUCCAUUGUGUACCUAGUGGAACACUAAGCCUAACAAGUCUCAAAAUUAGCGUGAGAUUGGGAAAUAUCUAAUUUCCAUCCAGCCACAGUGGAGAAUCCUGACUGAAAACCAGGCAUUCACUAAAGAUCCCAGAAAGGUUACGUGUUACAUGAGUAGGGCUAAAGUAUCCUGACUAAAAACUGUACUACACUUGCUCCCCACCCGCACAAAAAGCUUAAAAACAAGCCUCAAUAGUAUAAAGCUGAACUCUAAAUAACUAAACUACCUGCCAGAACAAAGUCCAAAUUUAUUAGUUCCAGUCCUCCAAAAUAACACAUGGAAAGACAAGAUUCAAUUUACAAGACAUUUAUUUGGGGGAGUAAAAAUGGCUGAGGGUUUAAAUAGAGAGGAAGUCAGAGAGACAAGAGUCCUCAGGAUACAUAAGAUUUCUGGCCUCCAUGGAGGUGUGAUGGUUAAUUUUAUGGGUGUCAACUUCACUGGGCCACAGGAUGCCUCAUAUCUGAUCGAACAUUAUUUCUGGUUGUGUUCAUGAAGCAUUUUCUGGAAGAAAUUCACAUUUGAGUUGAUGGACUGAAUAAAGCAGAAAUAAGCCAAUUCCUUAUAAUAAAUAAGGAUUUAUUUAUUGAUAAAUCUGUAUAGGUUGAUUAUAAAUCCUUAUAGAUUGACCGAUAGAUCCAUAGGACUUAUUGAUUCUGUUUCUCUGGAGAACCCUGACUAAUACAGAAGGAGAGAGGGAAGAAAGGAUGGUUGAGCAGCAAAAAGCUCAGACUGUAGCACAGUUCUGAUAAAGUUUGCGGUCAGAUGAAGAACACUCAAACCAAAGUUGCCCAUUGGAGGAGCCCCCUACCUCACAGGAAUAGGCCUGCAUUAUUAGUAUACCUUCCUCAUUCAUUCAUUGUUGUUCUUACGGAAACAACCCACGGGAAAUGUAGCCUUGGCAUGACUGUAUCAAUGGAUACAGAGAGGAGUAGUGGGGACCCCCCCCCCAGUCAAUUACGUUCCACAGCAAAAGAUCUCAGUGGUGCAUUUCCACGCUGGCUCAGUCCACCCCUUGGGCUGCACAGCUCUAUUCAGGCCUAGCUGCCAGGAAGAGUAUUAGGUGUCAUUGUCAACUCAGGCUGUGUGCCCAGUAAACCUGGAAGUGUCUGGAUAUUCUUGCUUGCCAGCAUAUAGUCAUAAAUCUAUUUGGGGAAGAACUUGCCAUUUCAUCAAAGUAUAUACAUGUAUAGCAGGGUUCUUCCUCCUAGUGACCUGUGACCUAGUAACCCAGCCACUUAUGGGUUCUUCCAUCUGUGGGUUCCUUACAUGAAAAGUGCUUCAGGUCUGGGAACUGAGAAAGGGAUGUGUCAUUGGAGUGCGGUUCCAUUCGUGCCUUAUUUGGUUAUAGGCGUUAAGCAGCAUUCUUGUUAUGUGCCCAUCUAUUUUGCCUGUAGAGGUGUUACUUUCAAUUAAUUAUCUCCUAAACACCCUGCGAAUCAAACCCCCUUAUACUACCCCUCCGAUUUCACCAGUUGUUAUAGUAAUUGUAGCCUCUUGACUUUUGGUAAUUAAGCACUGGUCCUCCAGGGCCUUCUAUCACUUGAGAGCCCAUCACCCCUGAAUCAUAUUAACAAUCCCAGCUCUCUGACCACCUCAUUUACCAUCAGCCCUGGUCUAAAGAGUAAAGCCACUACUGCACUUAGUGACACUGGUAACCUCUCACAGGCUCAUUCUUGGCGGCCUGAGUGAAUUGUCACUAUUUCAUGACAUGUUCAUCACAGUAUAUCCAUCACAUAUUCAUUCGUCUGACCCCUAUGAAGGUGUGAUGGUUAAUUUCAUCACAUACAUAGAUGCCAUUGUAUAGCAGGUCCUUAACUAAUAAAGCAACGCCAAAGUUUUCAGGCAGAACUGAUAGACCCUGUGGAAGGGCAGGCAAGCCCAGAGCAAACCAUCUAUAUGCAGUUCUUUUAACAGCCUGCAAGGCGCUGUAAGAUUAGGGAAACAUUUAUCAAAUUACGUUCUGUGGAAAACUAGUUCCAUAGGAUAUGAACUGAUGUCAGGAGAAAAAUUAAAUUAGAAAGUUCCUUCAGUGCCAGAUUCUCAAAGCCAUUCGUAUGUGAAUGUUUAUCGCAGCUCUCCAAAAGAGAUGAUUUGAUGUGUUCCAUGUGGCAGUAGUAUGAUGUGCAACCCAGAUCCCCCUUCAAAGAACAGCUUGCACCCCACUUGCUGGGUGUAAUGUUAGCAGGCAGCCUGCAGCUGACAGCCCUCUUCAGGAAUUGGCAUAGCUGUAGAGAACCACUUCACCUAAGGUCACACUUUUUUGUGGAGUGGCCCAUAGCCAAGGAUUGAUCAGUGUGGAGAUACAAAGUUGUUCUCUUGUCCAUCUCAGGACAUCUCUGAGGGCCAUUUUAACUCCAGAGCUCCCUGUGGGGUUGGCCAAGGCUGUCGUUGGACCUGCAUUAUAACUUCCACCCAAUUCCACUUCUCUCUCUCUCUCUUUUAACAAACGUUUGGCAAAAGGCACUUCUUAAUAAAUAUCCUACAAUUAAA